AUGGUAGAAAAUCAUAGCCGGGGUGCUGAGCCUGGGGGUGCGGAGCCUGAGGGUGCGGAGCUUGAGGGUGUAGAGCCUGGAGGUGCUGAGCCUGAGCGUGAGGAGCCUGGGGGUGCUGAGCCUGGGGGUGCGGAGCCUGGAGGUGCUGAGCCUGGGGGUGCUGAGCUUGGGGGUGCUGAGCCUGGGGGUGCUGAGUCUGGGGGUGCUGCGCCUGGGGGUACUGAGGCGGCUGGUGAGAAGUCCCCUUGGAGCGGCCGCCUACGUAGUCGCUCCGCUGGUGCCUCGCCGCAGCACUCUCGUCGGCGUGUACCUAUCUCCACACAGCAGCUGCGUGAGUGGUACGUUAGCCGUCAGGGUCGCGCUGCUGGGGCUGGGGCCCCUGCUACGGGAGGCGCUGGCGUUGGCGGCCCUGGAGCUGGUGACUCUGCUACUGGAGGCGCUUCUACUGACGUCACUGGAGCUGAGGGCGCCGAGUCUGAGCGUGCAGAGCCUGGCGGUACUUUGUCUACUGGAGUUACUGGAGCCGCUGGUCCCGGAGGUGCUCGUACUGGAGGUACUGGAGCUGCUGGGGCUGGAGGUACUGCUGGACCUGGAGGUGCUGCUGUCGACCCUGGGGUUGAAGAACCUGGAGCUGGAGGUGCCGGUUCUGGGGGUGCUGCUGCUGGAGGCACUGGAGCUGGAGGCCCUGGAGCUGGUGAUGUCGCACUUGGAGGUGGAGACCAAGGAGCUGGAGGUGCCGGUUCUGGGGGUGCUGCUGCUGGAGGCACUGGAGCUGGAGACCCUGGGGCUGGAGGUGCCGGUUCUGGGGGUGCUGCUGCUGGUGGCGCUGGUACUGGAGGUGCUGGCGCUAGAGGUUCUGGAGCUGCUGGAGGUGCUGGCGCUGGAGGCGCUGGAGCUGGAGGUUCUGGAGCUGCUGGAGGUGCUGGAGCGACUUGUGCUGGUGGCACGACACAGCCGCGACUGUUUUUCAAAGGGUGA